AUGAAAUGCUUCCUGUGCGACAGCGAGGUCCUCCCCACGCUGAACACAUUCAUCGUGCUAGACACAGUCAUUCAAAUGUUAAAAGGGAGUGAAGGGGGGAGGAGCAAAGCGAAAGGAGGGGAGAAGAAAAAAAAAAAGGCGCUCUACUUAACAAACAGAAUUUUGAUGGAGGCGUUCCCCCCGAAUUUUAACUUCAUUUUGGAAUUCCUAAACGGGCAGGUGAAUCCCCACCCCGGGGGGGAGGCCACACAGGAGGGAGAGCUGUGCGAAGUGGGUGAAGCGGCACAACCAGAUGAGCCAGAUGAACCAGAUGAACCAGAUGAACCAGAUGAACCCCAUCAAGGGAGGAACUCCUUCCAGCAGAACACCCACUGGAGCAUCCACACAGUAAAGGACGUUAGAAGGGGAACCGUCGAGAGGGUAACCCAGUUUGAACCCCCAAUGAAGGAACAUCUCAGCUUGGACAGAUUUAAAGAGGUGCUAAAAGACAUACACGUAAAGUACAUCGAACAGGGGGGUGACUGCGGUUGCGGCGACGGCGAAGUCUCCGAGGAGAGGAGCCUCACCGAAGCUCUUUACCACCUGAAUGAGCAAAACGAAUACUACUGGGUGAUCGUCAACUUGGCCUUCCUCUUCGUGAAAGAUAAAAAAAAAAUAAACUUAUACGCUGAGAAUCUGUCCCUACAUUAUGCGGAUGGGAAGACGAAGCAGACAUGUGCAGACAGCCUCAAGAACACGAAGGAGAUCCUCUUCUCCCCUCGGAGCAAAAAUCAAUUUGGGAGGAUGCUCAUGGAGAGGGAGCUCUAUGACGUCCCCUUCUUUAAGAACAUCCUGAGUCUUCACUUCUGCUACUCCUUUUUGGUGAAUUUUGAAGAACACGUAAACUACCAUCGGGGGGCAUAUAAGAGUGUACAGCGUGGUGCCGGUAGGGCCCGCUUCGAUGAUAAAGGAGGGGGUCAACUCACCGGGGGGGGAAGAAGCACAUACCGAGCUGAGCGAGCUGAUCGAGCCGACCGAAAUGACCGCCCUUCCCGCGCGUGUGACGGGGCCCACGAUCGCAACGAUGAACCAACGGGCGGAUCGCCCACACGUGACCAACCCGUUGACUCCACGAGGACGAAUCGAAACCCUUUGGAAGGCCAUUCCGUGGGGAGGAAGCGAAAAGUGGGGGAGAUCGAAAAGGGGGACUGUAGAAGCUAUGCAGACUAUGGGGGCCACUCCAGUGUGUCCCUUCGCGACGGGGAGGGAAGCACAACUGAUGCGCCUGCGAGUGAUGGGUCAGACGGGGAGAGGCACGCCCACGCGGGGCACCUGCGUAAUUUAUCCGACGUAUCCGGCGUGCUUAAGGACCCCCCCCGACGCGAACACAGGCCCACGAUCGGCAGCACACAUGCUGAGGAUCUGCUCACCCCGAGGAAGAGGAAGAAAAAAAAAGGAAACAAAAAAAAACACCUGUGCACCUUUGACGUAGCCCCCAAAUCGGAUUUGUAUAAAAAAAUUUACCUCAACAUGAUGUCCUUGUACUGCGAUUGCAUCUGUUUAAUCUCCUGA